UGUGUGUGUGAGCGCUGUUUUUCGCUUUUUGCAAUAUCCCCAAUCAAUGGAAAUUAAAGCGGAUAUAAACUAUUAAAAGUGAAAGAGAAUCGUAUAAACAAUGUUUUUCCAUAAAAAAGAAUAUUAAUAAAAGUGAUUGAUAUUGAAAAUUUACAAUUAAAAACAUUGUCGAAAGAAGACUUGAGGGGAGGAGUAUAGGAGGUUGCUGAACUGACUGACAUUUGCAAAAAUGGUGGCUCCCAAGGAGAGCAUAGAUUUGGAAUGUUUUCUGGUAACAAAACAUUCCUGGAAGGGAAAAUAUAAACGCAUAUUAUCCAUUGGAAACUUGGGUAUAUCAACCUACAAUCCCGAUAAAUUAGAUCUCACAAAUCGAUGGUCCUAUUCAGAUAUUGUGUCUGCGGCUCCUUCCAAGGCAUCUAAUAUACCCAAUGAAUUUGUCUUACAAGUAAGAAAAGACAAGAAAGUUGAUUCAAUUAAGCUAUCCUCGGAGUAUCGUAAUGAUAUUUUAACAUCUAUAUUGAAAUACUACAAAGAAUUUGCGGAUAAACCCAAAAAUGCCCAUCGCUUCUCAGCUUACAAAUACCAUUGGUCUGGUAUAAGUUUGCCAACAGUACUAGAAGUGACACCAUGUUCAUUGGAUCAAUUGGACCCUACGACAAAUGAAAUACUUGCCAGUUAUAUGUACAAGGACAUAGAGGGCAUAAUAGCAGGGAUUUCUGACUAUGAAGGCGGUAUUGUUAUGGCCUAUGGAGGGUUCAGUCGGCUGCACUUGUUUAAGGCAACGAACCAUCUUGAAAUUGUGCAGAAUAUAGCACAAAAAUCAUCACAAUUUCUGGGCAUAGACAUAAAGAUAUUAAAGUCCCAGAUAACACUGGAACAGUUUGAAAGGCAACGCUUUGGAAAAUACAGCGGCGAUCAAUUCCAAACUUCUAUGACCGAAUUUACUGUGCAGAAAGUUACACCGCGUCAUCCAGAUCCUGUCAAGCGUAUACUCUGCCUAACCGAGACGACUGUACUGGAACGUGACCCUCAAACAUAUAGUGUUUGUACUUUAAGACCCCUGUGUGAGGUAUUUGCACUAGUACGUGAUAAGGAUAAUCUGCAAAAAUUUUGUAUUGAAUACAAAAAUGGAAUUGUGCGCUCGUAUACAACAAAUGAUCGAGACUCCUUGUUGGCUACACUGCUAGACGCGGUGCGUUCUAGUGGCAACCAAGAUGUACAUAUACAAAUUGUAAAUACUCCUCGUGGAAAACGCUAUGUGCCACUCAAUUGUUGUGUGGACGAAGAGACUGAAGCCAAUCUGCUGCGCUUGGUUAUGAAUAAUUUUCAAAGUCCAGCAAAACGCUAUGAAGUCCUAGAACGUUUCAAUGCAAAUGUUCCACACAGUGGUUUGAACUAUAGUGUAACACAAGAUAGUAUAUUUGCUGAGAACAAGGAAAAGCUUAUACUUAGUGCUUUGCAAGCUUUGGCCCAAAAAGAAGUCGACAAUCCCACAGCCCAGCUAACCAAUUUGGAAUUGGAAGCCAUAUUUCAUGCAUUGACUCGUUUACUUGCCAGCAAAGUGGGUUAUGCUGCAUUUACCAAUCUACCAGGAUUUCGUGAAAUUAUUGGCACCAAAAUUGUGGCGGCUCUGAGAAGAAAAGACUUGGCCGUUACUUACUCGGCUAUUGAUAUGAUCAAUUCCCUAAUGCAUUCUGUAAACUCAGAUCACGAUUUGAAACAGGAACAACUUAACAAAUCAUCCAUACUAUCAUCGAAAUCAUUUUUGGAAACUUUGCUCAAUAUGUGGACUACCCAUGUCAGUCAUGGCAGCGGUGCAUUAGUUUUAUCCGCAAUGUUGGAUUUCCUAACAUUUGCAUUAUGUGUGCCUUACAGUGAGACCACAGAUGGCAAACAAUUCGAUAUACUUUUAGAGCUGGUGGCAGAAAGAGGGCGUUACCUCUAUAAAUUAUUUCAACAUCCUUCAUUGGCCAUUGUUAAGGGAGCAGGUUUGGUUUUAAGAGCGAUUAUUGAGGAGGGAGAGCUGCAAGUUGCCCAACAAAUGCAAUCGCUGGCUUUAGAUGAGGCCGCAUUGUGUCGCCAUUUGCUGGUGGCUCUUUAUACACCAUCCAAUGACCCGACUCUAGCUACACACCGUCAAUUAUCUAGACACUUGAUAGGACUAUGGAUAACCGAUAAUAACGAUGCCAUUGACUUGUUUAAGCGAAUAUUUCCUGCAGGUUUGUUGAUGUUUCUGGAGUCGGAAGAGACCGUUCCCGAAAACGAUGUAGAGGAAGACAAAUUGAAUUUCCGUGAUAAUUUAAAAUUUGCCAUUCAACAUUCCAAUAGGACUCGUAAAAAUGUCAUCGAAAAGCAUUUACAGGGCAUAAAACAUUGGGGCAUGAGCCUAAUCGAACAACAGGAUACUGCUGCGCAAGCAUUAAAAAAUAGACCUGUUGUUUUGCGCAAUCGCCGGCAACGCAAAAAGACUUCGGAAACCAUUGUUAAUCUUCCAUAUUUCUUUUAUAAUUUCACCAAAGACCACAGUUUACCCAAUUUGAUAUGGAAUCAUAAGACUCGAGAGGAAUUGAGAAUAUCUUUGGAAAAUGAGUUGAGACAAUUUAUUAAUGACCGCGACUUGGCUGGUAAUACCAUAGUGGCUUGGAAUUAUCAGGAAUUUGAAGUUACCUACCAGUGCUUGGCAGAUGAAAUACAAAUUGGAGACUAUUAUAUACGUUUGAUAUUGGAAAAAGAUGAUUGGCCACAGAAUUUGGUGAAGGAUCCAGUGGAACUUUUCAAUGCUCUUUAUCGGCGUGUUUUAUGUCGCCAACGUGUAAAUGAUGAUCAACUGACUGUAACUUCGCUACAGGCGUUGGCAAAGGUGUACAAACGUUAUCACAGCGAAAUUGGCCAAUUUGGUGAUAUGUCAUACAUACUACAAUUAAGCGAUCGUUGCUAUUCGCCCUCGUUAAGAGAUGCCCUCAUACAUCUGAUAUCCUGCUUGGUAUUGGAGAAAUCGAAUUGCAGACCGCUGGUAGAACACGUUCAGUGUCUAGUGGAUCUUAUAACACUGGCCCAUUUACAUCAGGGUCGUGCACAGCCCAACACCAAAACCAAUGUCAUUGAGGCUGGUCCCAACAUGCAACAAUAUGAAGAAAAGGAUUGGUAUUAUAAUAUAGAAAAAGAGGGUCAAAAACCUGAACGUCAGGGUCCCAUUACUUACUCGGAGUUAAAGGAGCUGUGGUCGAAAGGGAUCAUAACACCUAAAACAAGAUGCUGGGCCAUAGGCAUGGAUGGCUGGCGUUCUUUGCAGCAGAUACCCCAACUUAAGUGGUGCCUUAUUGCCAAAGGUCAACCUUUAUAUAACGAAACGGAGCUAUCUUCUAUGAUUUUGGAUAUUCUAAUUAAGUGCACCAGCUUUUUCCCUUCGAGAACACAAAAUGGUCAAGCUGUGCUGAUUCCCGGACCAAAAUUGUCACGUAAACUUUCUGAAUUCAUAUGUUUGCCGCACAUUGUCCAAGUUUGUUUGACCCAUGACCCGGGGCUUUUGGAACGUGUAGCCACUCUAUUGUGUCAAAUCAUGCAAGAUAAUCCGGAAAUGCCCAAGGUCUAUUUGACAGGUGUCUUCUAUUUCAUGUUAAUGUACAGCGGCAGCAAUAUUUUGCCCAUAACAAAGUUUCUUAAAAUGACUCACAUGAAACAGGGUUUUCGUAGUGAGGAAACCUCACAGUCAGGCAUAAUGCAUCGCAGCAUAUUGGGACAAUUGCUGCCAGAAGCCAUGGUUUGCUUCCUAGAAAAUUACAGUGCCGAGAAGUUUGCGGAAAUAUUUUUGGGAGAGUUUGAUACACCUGAAGUUAUAUGGAGUUCAGAAAUGCGACGAUUGUUAAUAGAAAAAAUAGCAGCACAUAUCGCUGAUUUUACUCCGCGCCUUAAAGGCCAUACAAUGGCCAGAUACCCAUACCUUGCCAUACCUGCUAUAAGCUAUCCUCAAUUAGAACAUGAACUGUUUUGCCAUAUCUAUUAUUUGAGGCAUUUAUGUGAUACACAGAAAUUUCCCAAUUGGCCCAUAUCGGAUCCAGUGCAAUUGUUGAAGCAUACCUUGGAUGCCUGGCGCAAAGAGGUGGAGAAGAAACCCCCGCAAAUGACCGUCCAGCAAGCAUACAACGAUUUAGGCAUCGAUUUGAACAAACACCCUAAACCAGAUGAAUCCAUGAUAAGGAAAAGUUACUACCGCUUGGCUCAGAUAUACCAUCCGGACAAAAAUCCCAAUGGUCGCGAAGUUUUCGAAAAAGUCAAUCAAGCCUACGAGUUCUUGUGCUCACGCAAUGUAUGGAGUUCAGGUGGUCCGGAUCCCAAUAAUAUUGUGCUAAUUUUAAGGACACAAAGCAUUUUAUUUGAAAGAUAUGCCGAUGUUUUACGUCCCUAUAAAUAUGCUGGCUAUCCCCAACUUAUUAAAACCAUACGUUUGGAGACCAAGGAUGACGAUUUGUUCUCUAAGGAGACUCAGCUGCUUACCGCUGCUUCAGAACUUUGUUACCAUACUGUGCAUUGCUCCGCUCUAAACGCUGAAGAGCUGAGAAGAGAAGAGGGCAUUGAAGCCUUGCUUGAGGCCUACGAUCGUUGCGUUUCCAUAAUGGGUGCCGACUCUAAGCCAGAAUCGUUGCACUAUCAAGUGAUUUCAAAUGUGACGCGUUGCUUUGAAGUCGCCUGCAACUUUGAGAAGUGCAAACAGAAGAUCAUUACCCUUCCACGCCUAAUGUCGGAUGUAUGUCGUGUGGUUUAUUUUAAACACACCCUCUCGGUUAGUUUGGUUACCAGUUUGGCUGCCAACAACCAUGAAUUACAAUGUAAUCUGGCCUGUAAUGGAGUGCUAUGGUCCCUAUUACUUUUCUGCUUCGAGUAUGAUUACACGCUGGAUGAAAGCGGUGUGGAGGUGAGCGAUAAAACCAACCAACAACAACAGGCAAAUACCUUGGCAAAAAUGUCAGUCUUAGCAUGUAUAGCUCUGGCGGGCUAUGGCCUAGAGCUGCGCUCCAAGACUGAUAGUAAAUCUGUGUCUUCAUCAGGAAAUAAUUCACCUACCAAUGCAAGUGCAAAAGCCAGUGCACCGCCACCACCCAAAACGAAACCCACAACGUAUACCCAAAAUGCACAAAAUCCUUUGCAAAAUAAACAAUUGGCUAUAACUACGGGCCAGGAAGCUGCCAGCUUAAACAGCAAUUCACCGACAUCAGUAGCUGUUGUAGGUAAACAGGAUUCCACAGCCAGUUCGGAAGCUACAUCACCCGAUCACAAGGCCGCCAAAGUUUUGGAUCUUUUAACACAAAAGUAUGUUGUAACGUCUGAAGCUCAAAAUGCAGUGGUAAAUCAAGUCUUGGAACGUUUACUCACCAAGUAUAUAGCAAAUAAGCUGACGAAGGAAAAGGAUUGCGAAAUUUUAAAACUACUUACAUCGAACACACGCAAUCCUUAUUUAAUUUGGGACAAUGGAACCAGAGCACAACUUUUAGAUUUCCUAGAGCAACAGCGUUCGGCCUCAGUUAAAGAAACCUUUGAAGAUAUAACGGAAAUUCAUCAAUUGGUAUCACAAUACGAAUUUGAUGCACACAAAGAUGAAUUACAAAUUGGUGGUGUUUUUAUACGCAUCUAUAAUGAUAUGCCCACAUUCCCUAUACAAAAUCCCAAACAAUUUGCCUGGGAUUUAUUGGAAUAUUUGAAACAAGCCUAUCAUUACAUGAUGUGUUUGAAAAAUUCAUCUCAAACCAUACCAUAUAGUGGAGAUGCGGUGGUCUCACCUUCAACUGGCGGCGUGGCUAGUGAUGGCAUAUUAAAACCCACCUUGGCCCCAAAUCAUCCUCAACUUAAGCUGCAGCAUCAUCAAACCACAGACAGAAGUGGCAAGACAUUUGAUGAAGUUCUAAAUGCCUACAAUCGUUCAAAAUCACGAAAAAAGUUAGAAACUGAAGCGAUGUUGGAACAGCAGAAAAUACAAAGUCAAUAUAAGUAUGAUUUUGCCAAGGAUGGCAAUGUGGAGCAGCAUAUCAUAAUGGUGCUCAAAGCAUUGAUAGCUGUCAUCAAGGCUAAUCACGAAGUGGAAAUUCAAUGUAUAGGAAAUUUUGAUAUGAUAUUUGGAUUUUUGGCAAAUAAUCUGUUUAGCGAUAAUACUACAAUUAAAACGGUGGCUUUGGAAGUCGUUGCCCUGGUGUCGCGUAAUAAGGAUUGUAUAACGGAAAUUGCAGCCUGCGAAUUGUUGGGUAGUUUCUUGGUUGCCCUUAAAGAUCCCGAUUUAAGAGCAAGCCAACAGAAGGUGCUAGAGACAUUGUCUGGGCUCAUGAAUGUCCAAGAAAUGAUAAAAGAAGCCCAAAUAAAAGGAGCCGUUAUUUAUUUAUUGGACAUGUUUUGUAAUUCCCGCAAUCCUGCCAUACGAGAGAUGUGUGCCGAGAUUAUGGCAAAAAUGACUGCUGAUAGGUUGAGUGGACCCAAGGUCCGCAUAACCGUAUCAAAAUUUUUGCCUGCUCUAUUUGUGGAUGCUAUGAUAGAGUCGCCUCAAACAUCGGUUCAGCUAUUCGAGUCGAUACAUGAGCAUCCAGAAUUGAUAUGGAACGAUAAGACUAGAGCUAAUGUGGGAGAUGCUGUUUCUGAUAUGUGUGACAGUUUCUACCGAGCUCAAAAACUCAAUGCCAAGCAUUUAUGGAAGGAUCCUGAAAUUCUUAAAGAUAUUAUUUCCAAUGAGAUAGUUGUGGCCGGUGUUUAUUUGCGUCUAUUUGUUGCUAAUCCCGCUUGGACCUUGCGAAAGCCCAAACAAUUCCUAUCAGAUCUCUUAGAUUUUGUUGUUGAUCAAAUAAGUAAAAGUUCGUCAGAGAAAGACGUUUUGGAUCUUUCGACCACAGCCUUGGUGGAAUUAUUGAGAUCCCAGCCCAAUUUGGCUGAUGACAUUCCUGUAUUAGGCCAUAUACCGAAAUUGUUUAACCUAUUGUCCGUACAACCAAAGAAUACGUUAUCAGUAUUACAUCAAUUAUCCCUGUCCGAGUUUUGUGUCAGUGCUAUUUCGCAAACCGAGUGCAUUUUGCCCUUGAAGAAGUGCAUGGAGCAUAACAGAGAUUGCAUAGAGAAGUCUUGCGAAACCUUAAGUCGGCUUUUUAAGCAUCAACAUGAUUCGUUAAUAAGCCAAUCCUUGGAAGCUGGUCUCAUUCCUUUCUUGUUGGGUCUUUUGGAUAGCCGUCUCGAUUACGUUGACAAUGCUUCAGCUGUUAAGGCACAAAUAGUUGCUGCCCUUAAGGGUAUGACUACAAAUCUCAACUAUGGAGAUCGUGUGAAUCAAAUCCUGCAGAAACAUCCAGUGUGGGCAGAAUUUAAAGAUCAAAGACAUGACCUAUUUAUAACCGAUACUAAUGUUAGAGGAUAUCUAACAGGUAUAAAUCCUACCGCAGGCUACCUCACUCAAGGACCAGCACAAAAUGUUGAAGUGCUUACGUCUCCACCACCCAUGGACCGCGAUGAUCCAUCUGCUCGACCUCCGGAGGAAUAAUAUUUACCUUUAACAAACAUUUUUUAAUGUUUUCACAUAGCCUCUCACAAUCCCAGCAUCAGUGAAUCUAUUCUUUUUCUGUAAAGGCAAACCAUAAAAAACUGUUUUUAUUUAAAAAUGUUUUGAACAUUUUCUAUUUAAAUUUAGGUCAUAUUGCGAAAAUAGUAUAUAAUUUAUAUAAAAACAAAUGUUUUAUACAGUAUAAAAAAUCUCUACACACCUUUCAUUUUCCUUCAUUAUU